CCACGUGGCGGGAUUGACUUUAAUCUGCGGCGCCACUCUGGUGUGGAACCUUCAACACAACGAUGGCGUCCCGCAGCGCUUCACCUCAAUUUCCUUCUUCUCCACGCUGACUGCCGCGCAGGAAUCGAACCCGCGACUCGCAGGCUUUGAGGCGCACGCGCAACAAGUGACCCGAGGAAAAGUGUGUGUGCCGCGAUGUCUCUGCUGUGUGUCAGAGUGAAGAAAGCAGAACUACUGGGACCUCCAGACAAGUUCAACUCCUACGUGACCCUGAAGGUGCAGAAGGUGAAGAGCAGCACUGUCACAGUGCGAGGGAAUCUUCCUUGUUGGGAGCAGGACUUCAUGUUUGAGCUCAGCCAUCAGGACUCGAGUCUGGUGGCAGAAGUUUGGAACAAAGGUUUGAUUUGGGACACUCUGAUUGGCACGGCGCUCAUACCACUAGACACCAUUAGACAGUCAAAUGAGGAGGGUCCAGGUGAGUGGACGUCUUUGGACUCUGAGGUGCUGAUGAGACACGAGGAGAUCUUUGGAACCACCAAACCAACACAACACCAAGUGCUGCUGGACGCACGCUUUGAGCUGCCUUUUGACAUUCCAGAAGAUGAAGCUCAAUACUGGACUCACAAGCUGGAGAGAAUCAACAGCAUGAACAUACAUGAUGAGUUUUCUCUGCAGGACGUUCAAAGAAGACAGAUGCCUUCUGCUCCCUCGCAAUGUUGCACUUGGACUUACUUUGGAUGCAAGCAGCAGCCUUUCGACGACCACGACAGUGUGGUGGACGAGCGUGACAGCGACUACCGCAGUGAAACCGGCAGCCGACCCCCGCGCUUCCACAACACCUCGCAGACCAACUCGUCCAUGCACCAGUACCCGAUAGGAGGCAAGGUACAGCAGCAGCACCUGUCGCGGGAGUCAGACUGGGCGCAAAGCUACGAGAUGGACUAUCCAGACCAUCGGGGGUCCAGACGCCCGAGCAGUAGGCAUGGCGUCAGAAUAAUCCCAGUUGACUCCGGAAUGGGUGUGGAGGAUUGGGAGGGUCAAUACAAAGUGUCUGACUCGGUGGUCUUGGAUGAUUACUUGGAUGCUGAGCAGAAAUUGUGGGAGGAUGAAGACAAAAGCAUCAUCUACCGCAUCACUGACCGAUCGUCCCAGUCCAAAGGCAGCAGGUUCUACCAGACAGUCGAAUGUGAUGCGUUUUCACCUGAGGAAAGGGAAGCCUCUGACAGCAGACGGCGGUGCGGCCUCGGCACUGGAGAAGUCCGUUUGGUGUACAGGGAAGCAGGUAGCUUUGAGGACGAAUCUUCCCCGCCUGAGAUUGAUAUCAUUCCUUCGGUCAAACAUCUCCACCAGCAGGUGGACAGAGAAGGUCUUCUCUACAAGACGAGACUGUGGGCAAAGACGGCUUUAGAGGAAAGUUAUGCAGCGUUUCGUAAGGAAGAGGACGCUCGGGACGCUGCCAGGAUGAGACUGAGGAAUGAAUAUGGAUCUGUGGGAUCUGACGGAAUGCAGUACUCCUGUGGAUCUGACGAGGAACUGGACGACCUGAUGUUCUCUGAAGAUGUUACUUACGAGUACGAGUCAUACCACUAUCCUGUUAAAUCUGUAGGCAGAGGAAGACGUGGACUAGAUCCUUUAUUGUCACAUGUAGAGGAACCCAGUGAAGACUACAUAGACCGCAUGGAUGAACUCAAAUGCUUGGUGGACUCAGUGUCUGAAUACUUGGCUGUUAAAGAGGAGGAAAUCAACAGCUAUGAGUCUAAACCUGUGAGGAGGAAACUGCCAUCAUUGCCGUCUACUAGUAAAGCCGAGCAACUUAUAGAAAGUAAUGAAAUCAAACCUGAGGAAGAAGUGGCUGAACAAGGAAUAUCUAAUGUUAAAAACGUCAUGACUUCGUUAUUCAAUUCAAUUACAGGCUCAAAUGAUACCUCAACUACCAAGGCGCUUCCCAAAGUCCCUGCAGCAGAUUCUGGCAUCGUAAAACGUAUUUCCAUGAUCCCGAAAAGUAGCCCAGGAGCCACAGAACCCUCAAGAACGACGUCCGCAGACAGGUCUUCCCCCAAUGCGAGGCCUCAGCCCGAGUCUGGAAUUUCCAAGUUGCUUUCCUUCAUUCCAAAAAGUGGCGGCACAUCACCCCCAGUGGCUAUUGUUCCGCCCGCCUCUCAGGAGCCCCCAACCGAGAAAAAGUUUUCUUUGCAGUCUCUGAUGCCUUUUCAGUCAUCUGAACCUACUCGGCAAGCUGAAGCUAAUCUGACACUUAGUAGCACAGAUGCUAGUGCUGACCAAACCACUUCUGGGUUAGAGUCUGUGUUUGGACGCCUCAGUCCUUUACGAUUGUUUUCCAGUACCCCUCAAUCAAGAGAGCCAUCCCCCCAAUUAUCAGAGCAAAGAAGUACAUCUGCUGCAAGCAAUGAGUCUCUGCCCGGGUCUGUUAGUCCCAAUUGGGAACCUCUAUCUGAUAUAAGACCAGGGUCAGGUAGUGAGUCAGUUGAUGUUUUGCCAGAUACAGGAAGCGGAUCAGUAGAGCUUCUUCCAGAGACCGAAUCAUCUGGUGAGCUACCUGAUGUUCAACAAAGAGCUCGUCUCUUACAUGAACCAAAACCUGCAAACAGCUCGGAUGCUACGGGCCUGUUCAGUCCUUUUAGGAAGUCUCUCUCAAAUUUAAUACCUACAAAUCCUCCUGAAACCUCAGCACAGCCUGGACCUAAACCUGCAGAAGAGUCAUUUUUAGGCAGCAAACUCAAAAUCCCAUUUUUUUCCACUGAAGACACUUUCAAAACAAACCAGACAAAAUCUGAGGGAGGCGUCUUAUCGGGGCUUCUUAAGUUUGCAGCUGGGGAGGAUACCAGCGCUCCAACAAAAAGUCCAUCCCCAACCACCGCAAGAGGCCCCUCACCAAGUCGUGCUGCGCUUCUUGAAAGUACCCCAAAAGUAAACACAGAAACUGGUUGGUUUUCAAACCUGUUUAAGGUAGCCCAGGGUGAACCAGCUAAGGAAGCAAUACACACCCAAAAGCCCCCUGCUGUGACACUAACCAAACCUACUGGUCUCACUGAGAUGCAUACUGAGCAAAACAUCCCUGAGGGAUCAGGUGGUACCACUGAUGAAAUUGAAAUAUUGUCUAGUGAGCAAACCUUGUCAGACAAAGAUAAACAGUGUCAUUCUGAUGCCAUGACAAAGGACCAUUCUAAUAUUAAAGAACAAACCAGAUCACAACCUGAAGUCUCUCAGCCUCAGGGGAUUCUCUCUGGGUUGUUGAAACUAGGGCCAGCGGAAGAGUCAUCCAAGAAAGCCCAAGGAGGAGACGGUCAACCUCAAAUGGGAGGGCUAUUUUCAGGCCUGUUUUCAGCACCAUCUCAGUCUUCUUCCCCCAUACAAAACACUACAACACAACCUUCAGGAGGGCUGCUUUCUGGGUUUCUGAAAUUUGCCUCUGACAACAUGUCGGAUCCUCCAAAUCAGCCACCGUCCAUGUUGCCAGAAAGCCAUUCUGGGCAAAUACCAGUUCAAAAACAACCUGCUAAUGCACAGCCGCCUAUUGGUGGACUGUUAUCGGGACUCUUAAAAAAAGCAACUGACUCGGUCACUGGUUCUCAGCAAGCUCCCGCCAGUCAAGAGGCUAACCAAACCCUAAAAAGGAAUGAAAAUGAAGAAAACUUAAAUUGCUCUGAGUCUACUCAGUUAGGAGAAGGUACAUCGGGUUCAAUGGAAGCUUCUCUCUCUGACAAGCUUGAGCAGCAAAUAGAAGUAGCCGCAGAUCAACAAAAGCCUGAUCAAGAAAAACUAAAUCAACCAAAGGCAACAGUUACAACAUCAAGACACAGUUUUUCUCACACACAGAAAGGACUUGCAGCUCCCCAAGCUACACAGCCAACAACUCAGCAGCCAGGUAACAUGUUAUCUGGGCUUUUCAACAAGAUUGUAGAACCUAUUUCAGCCCCAUCUCAGCCACAAACAACACCCUCUCAACAAGGAGGCUUCAUCUCAGGGCUUUUUGGAAUCGGGAAACAAGACUCGGCUCCUACAAGUUCAGAAAACGAGCAACAAAGUGCUCCACAAGGCCGACAACCACCUCAGCAAUCAGGCAUUAGACCAAACUUACAUAGACAAAACCAAAUACCUCCACAGCAGCCCCAAAGCAGUCCUGGAGGAAUGCUUACUGGAUUCUUAAGCAAAAUUACAGAUCCAGGUGCCCCACCGUCUACUACUCCUUUAGGUAGUCAACAAGAUCAGCAAAGAGCAAGUCCUAAAACAACCCACCAACCACCUAAUCAGCAAGGUUUCCUCUCUGGACUCUUUUCUUCAGGACCUCCUCGAACACAGCAGCAACCAUCUGUUGGUCCUUCCAGCCAGGAGCAACAACAGCAAGGUAGCAGGCAACCACUGCGAAGACAAAGCCAGAUUCCCCAGCAACCUGCUGCUUCUGCAACCGAGCCGCAACAAGGCGGCCUGUUAUCAGGACUGUUCAACAAAUUAACGAUUACAGAAAAUGCACCACAGCAAUCAAGCCCACAGACAUGGUCUAAAAAGAGCAGUAUAUCAACCAUUGCUGCAUCUGAAAAUCAAAAGGCUAGUCCACAGUCCCAAGACAGUCUACAAGGAGGUUUCCUUUCUGGGUUGUUUAGUCAAACACCACCUCCACAGCAGCAACCAGCAGGAAAAACGAUAGGUCCUCAACAGGCUGCAACAGAACAAACUAGUCAAAGCAGAGGUUUGCUGUCAGGCAUUCUGAAGCUUGCAUCAGGUGAGAAUGCACCACACGAACCUCCUAAAAGUCAAGUAAGUCAACCAGGGCAAAGCCCUGCCCAGACUGAAUCAGGUGGGCUUUUAUCUGGCUUGUUGAACAAAGUUUCAGCUAAUGUAGAACAACCAACCUCACCUGCUGAACAGGAAAGUGGUAAAAAAACACAACACCCGCAGCCAGCAUGUGCAGGGCAGGGACGUCCACAGAUUCAGAGGUCAAAACAAGUGGAGCUGCAACCCUCACCUGAUCUCCCUUCAGAGAAAGGUCCAAAAGAAACUCCUCAAAAGGGAUUUUUAUCAAGUCUUUUUGGCACCCAGGAGGACUCAAAUAUCCAGAAGCCACCAGCAUCCAGCCUUGGCAAGCUGGAGAAAAAAACGUGCAAUACAAAUAGCUCAUCUACAAGUCUUUUAUCAAGCAUUUUGAAACCAAGUUCUUGUGACAGCACCACUCCAGCGCCUGAAAAGGAAACAGACAAAGGCCUUCUCAACCGUCUCCUGUCAAAGACUAAGGAGUCUAUACCUUCAAGUACUGCUGUUGCUACAGGUGUUGGUACCUCAGUGGAACCGCCCCAACAGGUCUGUAAAAAUCCUACUGUCUCCCCCACCCAACGUUAUUUUGAGGAAAUCGAGCGUCUCCUGUACGGGACAGCAGAUGAGUAUGGCUACAAAGACCUUUUGUACAACUUCACAGAGUAUGGUGUAAUUCCACCGGAGCUCUAUGAGCAUCAAUGUCUCAUUGAGGCUCUUCUGUGGCAGCAGCUAAACGACUAUGCCCUCGCUGAAGCUUUGGCGGGUCAAGCUCAGGAAAGCUACCGAGAAUCCCAAACACAUUCUACUACUACGUUGCGCUCAAUUCAAGGGGAGAGUCACACAUGUUUAAGUCCUAAUGUGAUAGACAUGGGUAGAUUCAAUGUCCCGUCACAUCCUUGGAAGGAUACGGCCUCCCAACUGUUUGAAAACAGAAAUCGCUUCUUGGAACAAGAUGAAGACCUGGUUUUGUUUGACAUGAGCUGUAGAGACAAACAUUUGUGGAAUAGCUGUGACCACUUACAUGACCUCGGCAGUAAUAGACAACCUUGGAUUAUGGGAGCUGAGGGUCUAAACCUCUCCACAAAAAAGGCCAAGACCAAACUAAAUCGAUGUCAGUCUCUCACAGAAUGCAACAUAGUGCAGAAAGCUGUUUCUUUCACAGAUGUAAAAGUUGAUGACUUCAGUUUGAAAUCAGCCACUGAGUUUUUGAAACAACUAGCCAACAAAAAGGGUCCAGUAGAUCUAACACGUGGCGCUAUGGAUCUAAGCAGAUCAGCAGGGGCUACAGGGUUGGGUGAUGAUGAAUUGUUCUUUGAGGACACAGAAUGGUAUCAACAAUGGCUUUCUCUGUUGGAGCAAGGCAUGUGGUGGCCAGCUGAAGUCGGGGACUGUGGAUAUUAUGUGUACACAAAUGAAGACUAUAUCUACUCUCUUUUAACCGACAGAACAGGUAGACAUUUCUAUGCCUGUGCUGCACCAGAAGAAGUCCAGGCUCUAAGCAACAUUACUGAAAACAUUGCAAACAUUCUGACACAAAAAGAAAAGGAGAAGGUGACGUUGUGUGGUUUUAAAAUACCACUGUGUCUAGAAGAAAAGGGUCUUUGGUCUCCAUUACACCUUCCGACCAACUCAAUGCUUUCAGACGCACCAGUGGAUCUAACGUCUGCACUACAAAAGGGUGAAAAAAUCAUGAAUAUGAAUUUGGAAUGCUUUUCUCAGAUGUUUCAGGAAUCUCUGUCUUCACAGUCCGAUGCACCUGUCGACUUUACUGUAUACAAGCUCAAGAAGAUCACAGUGGGAGCAGUAGAAAACUCUCAUAGCUGCCACGAACUGCCAAUGAAAGCAGCUGAUCUUACAAUGAAAUCCCUCAAAGGGGCACAUGGAAGUCCAUACUGGAAGAAUCAAGAGAUGAAAGAUAAGUCAACAUCUCCAACUCCUUCUUUUCUAAGGGCAUCCAGACCUAUGUCUCCCAAACAUCAUCACCCUCUUCCUGAGAUCCGGAUUGCUCAUGCAGAUGAUUCAACUGUGGACAAAUCUUCCAAAAAAUCUAACUCUGUAACUUCAAAUAUUGCAACAAAUAUUCCAAAAGCCACUAAUUGUGAUACGAGUAAAUCUUGUCCACUUCUACCCUCAACAGCUAGCAAGUUGUCUUCAAACAUUUCCAUAAAUCUUCCUCAGAUGCCAUCAGUGUCAAAGAUACCACCACCUGCGCAAAGGAAACUCCCCACUUUACGAGAUGUUACUUUAACUCCUUCUGCCCAGACCACAAGCACUCAGAGUUCAAUCAUUUCCUCUUCUGUAAACUCAUCUUGUGUUUCCUCUCAGCAGAGACCUCGGCUUGCAAGGCAGCAGUCUGAAGCCGAAAAGCCCCGGGAACUAUCACAAGCCAGUAAGAUUGCUGGGAUUUGUGACAUUAACAAAAUAAGUAGCUGCUCAGCAGAGCAACAAUGCUCCCCUUCCAUAAUUCAGUCUUCAAUUCCAAAAUCCCCACGCAAAGAACCACCACAGUUACAUAUCCUAAAUCCCAGGGCAAGUACUGAAUAUCAGCUGUACAACAGGAAUCGUUACAUUGGAUCAUCUCAUGGCCCUUUGGUUGGUCAAAAAUUAUUGGAUUUUUCCUCAACAAGCGAUAAGAAAAAACCUGCAAAUCAAAAGGAUGUGCAAACAGAAUCUUUGCAGCAAAAAUCUGACGUUGUUGACUUUACAAAAUACAAAUUGAAAAAAAUCAAGGCAACAAUUCAGAUGGAUAGGGAGGCAAGUUUAGAUUUCACUGCUAAGAUUGCUGUAGAUCUUACUAAACAGACGGAGGAACAGAUGGAUGAGUGGCAUCUAUCAGAAUGUCUUAAUAUGAACCAUUCUCCCGUCUCUCAGACCUCAUACGGAUCCACUAAUAGCAAACCAAAAUCGGCCGAUUCACAGAUCGAAAUUGGUUGUCAGUCUUCAAUGCAGAUCCAACGACCAGUGGAUGCACACAAAGUUGUGUCUUCCACUGCUGAACACAUUUCUGCUAAUGAAACAAUUCGUUAUGAAUGUUUCACCCUGAAGACCAAAUCCAGAUCAAUGCAAUCUCUACCUACUUCUCCCCAAAUGAGCCCUGUUGCAAAACAAGUAAAGGCUAAAGAAAAACAACUAAACUUUGCUGUUAACGUUCAGAGGCAAUCAUAUGGAAAUAUAGUGACACACCAGACUCCCAUUGACUGCAGAAGAGCAAUGGUUUCAUCCACGUCCUUUAGGUUUAGUGAGAAGGCACGACAGCACCAGGAGAACACCGUACCAGCAAACUCGGUGAAAGCCGUGUUGGAUAUGUCUGCCCAGAUGAAAGCCCCGCCAAAGCAACUAACAGUGCAACCAAAAGAUCCAGAUAUAGCCUGUAAAGCACUAUCCUUGAUUAAGAGAAAAUCUCUCAGUUCUGACAAGACACUCAAGAGUCCAAGUCGUCAUGAAUCUCUCGACCUGUCAUAUCAAGAAGUACCAGAGAUCUUAGGGCAGCAAACAGAGAAUAUUCAUCUCCUCCCUUAUGAGGGUUACCAUUCUCAUCUUAAAGAUAAUCAAGACUUUUCAGUUAAGAGAGAGGAUGUAUUACCAGGCAAUCGCAGCAUGAUGUCACUUCAUCUGUGUCAUUUAAGUAAAUCUACUGAGCACAAAACCACAGCACCAGCCAAUGCAGUUAAGGCUACACUUGACAUGUCCUCAAAAUCAGCCAAUUUAGCAAAGGUAGUUCCUGACAUGAGAGCAGAUGAUGUACUGACCAAAGGAAUAAACUUAACAAGAGGAAAGCCCACUGCCCGCGAGCUUGCACGGAAAAACUCUGUUGGCGUUCCACUCAUUAAAGAGCUUCCUUCUCAAGAAUCUCAUGACUGGAUUCCACAUCAGGACCCGUCUCUGCAGAGGACAACUACUGUCCCUCUGUGGUUAAAUCGUCUCAACUUACUGCCGCCAACGACAGUUCCAACAUAUCAAACGUCUACUUCAGUUGGUCUUGAAAGAGGUGCUCCACUGGAUAUGUCACCCAAGCCAUCCCAGACCGCACCUGGAACAAGAGAGUCCUAUUCCAGUCUUGAUGAAGCUGUUUCGCUGAUCAAUAAGCCAAGUGCAAAAGUGGCUGCUAGAAAGGAUUGUGUUGGUCUUCCUCUUGUAGUUGAACUAACACAGCAAGAACCCACCUGCCGUAAGGUACCUCAACAUGUUUUUAAAGUAAAUCCAGCUCAAGAAGGAAUGAUAACCUUGAGUGGCAUUUACAAAACCAAGACACUGCAUAGGCAGAUAUCCACCUGCCAUAGUAAUGAGGCAUUCUCCUCCUCAAAGACCAAGUUCCAGUCUAUGCCACAGCAAAAUAAGCCAGUGGAUUUCUCUGCCAAAGACAUUGUGACCACAACCAGCGUUUGUCAUAUUUACAUUGAACCAGAAGAUGGACGGCCCAUCAAUUUCGCUAACUUGAAUUCAAGGAAGGAAAUGCUUGAAACAGAGAAAACUGUGAGGCAACUCAAAAGAAAAACUUUGCAAGGUUUAGUUGACCUAACACUGGAUCCUCUGAGUAAGACCACUAAUUGUCAAAAUCAGAGUGUAAAUGAUCUCUCUCCACCUUCUGUGUCUGCUUUGCAUCAAAGUUACCGGCACCAGGACUAUAGAAUAGCUUCCACCUCAGCAGGUGCGCCACAAGGCAGUGAAACCUGUAAAGCGCCAACAUCAUCACACUAUGAUCAGACCACCACUCAAUCUAUAAUGUAUUAUCCAGGAAAUCCAGGAACAGAACUUCAAUUUGUACAAAGAUCAGGUAUUAAUUUCAUGAUGACUCAAACUCCUCUGAAUGCUGCUCCUCAAGCAACCCUGGACAGCUCAUCAAUGUUUUUUUCCAACAACCUCACAUAUCAACAAGUGAGUACAGAAUAUUUUGAGGCAAAGAAAAAUGAUUACAAUCCUCCCAGCACAAGUUCGUAUGUUCUGGAAGUCUGUAAGACACCCAAGGAUGUAGUCACAUUUCAGUCUACAUUGUGGCAAAGACAGAAUGAAAGUCUUGACUUGACCUCUAGACCCAAAAUUCUCAUCAAGAAGCCAACUGUGGAAAGCUCUGAAGAAGGGUCCUCACACAGUGUUACACAAUGUCAUCAACAGCCAUCUCCUACUCCACAAGAGUGUGUGCCAGAAACGAUUAGGUCCUCUCCAUCUCUGAACAAUCAACCAUCACCUAGACUUGGUAUUAUUCAAGCACCUAAAAACAAAAAAAUAAAUAUUUCCCAAAACUCUGGGAAUGCUCAAUCUUUACAGGAAAGUGUAAUCAAAAAUGAAAAAUCACUCCCUCACAUAUCAACACAGCCUCAACCAGAACAAUACCCCUUCUUUGAACCACAAAGGCAGGCUAUUGUCUCACAAACCAUAACAAGACAUGACUCAGUGUCAUUAAUCCCAAUUGGCCCACAAGAUUUUAGAGCUGCAUUGCAAAGACAAGAAGCGGUGGCUUCAUCUCAAACAGGACCCACUUCUGUGAAGGGGUUGGUUUCAUUGUUUGAUGGUCCUAGUUCACAGCCACAUGUGUGUGGAAAGCCAGCUGCAAUCAUGCCCUGCUCCACUACAACUGCGUCUACACCCGUAGACCAGAAGUCUCAGGUCACCGUUGCAGUGAAUGAUUAUUCUGUUGCCGUUUCUCCUGAUAUGAUCAUGCCAACACAAAUUGGCUCUCCAAGUCCAGCUUUAGAAGAUGUACGAUUUCCGUCCUUGCCAUCUCAAUUGUCCAAAGGUCAAUCUUCAAUGCCACAGACAGAAUUAACAUCUCUUUCGUCACACAUUUCUGAAUCUCAACACAAAUUAAACAUUUUAACAUCAAGCCCAAACAUUCAAGAAUUCGUUACAACCUCAUCUGACGAAUCAAAAAUGUCCAAUUUCAGGGUUCAGCCAUCCUAUGAUACCCAACAGUUAAGCCAAGCAACUGUGACACCAAACAAUGAAUCUUCACUGUAUGAACUCGGCAAUACUGCACCUGCUGCAGUUGUUCUCAGUGAAGCAAUUUUAGGGGAGCUUUCAGUCAAAAUGUCUGAAGAUUUAAAUGUUGAACAUGUGGAGGUCUUCAACAUAUCACAGGAUACCACAACCCAUCCAAGGUCCAUCUACAUUGGUAUUAAUAAUCAAGACAUAUCACCUGUAUCACAAGUUGACAUAAAAAGUGAGUCUCGAUCAUAUGUUCGACUACCUCACAUAUUUGUCUCGGCUGCAAGUUCACCAGAAGAAGAGAACACUGAGGACCAGCUCAAAGAAUCUAAUAUGCCUGAAAUGUCAGUAGUCUGCGCCAAUGAAGGGCCCACUCCCACUGCCGUCCCCCCAACAGAGGGUAAAGAUUCUAUACCUGUUGAUAAGACUGCACAGAAAGAUCUAUCUUUAGAUGAUGGUGGUACAAGUGCCACCAGUCCAGGCAACACAAUCUGCUUAUCUGAGCCUUUGACAGAAGACAUGAAUGUUGAUAAGCAGAGUCACCAAAACUUGACAAAGUACAUUUCCACUGCAGAACCCUCUGUCUUAGAGCCUGAUCUCCAAAUUGUAAGCCCAGCAGUUUCUGUGCCAACAGCUGACAAUAUAUUGUCUCCAGAUUUUACGAAUGUUGAUCUGAAGCCAAUUAUGGACCUGAUGUGUGAGGAUCUCAAAAAAGAACCCACAAACUACCCAGCUCUUGAAGAACAAAGAACAAUUUCAGAUUUUAAAUCCCCCGAAAAUGCAGAGUCUCCCGAAAAUGUGUUGGCGCCUGAAGAAGAAAAAACAAUUUCAGAUUUUAAAUUGCCUGAAAAUACAGAGUCUCCCGAAAAAGUCUUAACACCUGAGGAAGAAAGAACAAUUUCAGAUUUUAAAUUGCCUGAAAAUACACAGUCUCCCGAAAAAGUCUUAGCACUUGAGGAAAAAAUAGCAAUUUCAGAUUUUAAACCAUUUGAAAAUACAGAGUCUCCCGAAAAAGUCUUAGCACCUGAGGAAGAAAGAACAAUUUCAGAUUUUAAAUCGCCUGAAAAUACACAGUCUCCCGAAAAAGUCUUAGCACUUGAGGAAGAAAUAGCAAUUUCAGAAUUUAAACCAUUUGAAAAAACAGAGUCUCCCAAAAAAGUCUUAGCACCUGAGGAAGAAAGAACAAUUUCAGAUUUUAAAUCGCCUAAAAAUACAGAGUCGCCCAAAAAGGUGUUAACGCCACAGGAAGAAAUUACUAUUUCAGAUUUUGAAUCGCCUGAAAUUAUGGUCUGCCCCCAAAAUGUCUUAUCAGAAGAGCUACUCACACAAAUAAAAUCCUCUGAAGAAGUUCAACAACUUGUGAAUAAAAGUGAAAAUCUAAAUCAUUUACCUACUUUUGAAGUUAGUCCGGACAAAGCUGUUGAAGAAGUCACGCUUGAUCAACCACAAGCUGGACAACCUGAUGAACAACAGGGAAAAAGUUUAUUUUCCAUGUUUAGCAGCGCUGAUGUAAGUCCAGAACAGACCUCUUCCCAAUCUGGUCUAUCGAUACUUGGAGGUAUUAUUCCUGGCUCCUCUACAAAAGAUACUCCUGGCACUGGCUUACUCUCAAUGUUUAGUGGCUCAAACACACAGUCUUCUCCUGGAAACAAAAGCCUAUCAGCCCCACAAGAGCCACAACUAAAAGGUUUACUCUCAAUGUUUGGUGGGACCAAUACCUCUGCUUCCCCUGCAACCAAAAGUCCUACACCAUCAACAGCUCCACAAGAAGUUCAAGGUAAAGGUUUACUUUCAAUGUUUGGUGGGACCAAUACCUCCACUUCCCCUGCCACCAAAAGUCCUACUACCUCAUUGACUCCACAAGAACCUGAAGGUAAAGGUUUAUUCUCAAUGUUUGGAUCCAGUAGUACUCCACAAGCUGGACCCAGAGGCCCAACUGCUGGAACCUUUCCACCUAGAGGUCUUCCACCCAAAGAACCUCCAGGAAAAACCUUGUUUUCCAUGUUUGGUGGACCUGCCCCUCGGCAGCAAGCCAGUCCAUGGGGUCCUCCUCAGACUAGUGCUGGAUCUUCUUUAUUUGGGGGAAUCCUCCAAGGUUCUUCUUCACAUAAAGAAAGAGAGGGCACAGGCUUGUUCUCCAAGUUUGGAGGUCCCAGUGCUCCAUCUCAAAGUGGGCCAAGAAGGCCUGUGCCAAGAGAAACAGGACCCAGAGGUUCAGAGCCCCCAGGAAAAGGACUGUUUUCUAUGUUUGGUGGACAAAGCCAGCAAGCAUCAGCAGCUCAGCCUACAGUUUUAAAAACACCUGAGUCAGACGGUAGCUUUAAAGUUUCUUCUGUGUUUUCACUGGGAGGGAGUUCUGAUGGGAGCAAAUCCAAAACUGGGUUUGGCCUGUUCGGAAGGUCUUUUCUGGAUGAGAACAAAACAGAGCCUGAAUCACUUGUUACUUGGAAGGAGAAUAACACAGCUGAACAAGCAACACCUCGGGAAACUGAAGGUAUUUCGGAAGAAGCCACAGAUAAUGUAGCCCCAUUGGAAGCCACCAAGCAAACUGAUUUUCAACUAGAAGAAGACACAAACAGUACAACCCUACAAAGUUCUGAUCAUGUCUCUGAGGGAGAUAGUUUUUCUACUUUGGAUACACCAAAGAUGAUCAGUCUACCAGAGAGUGACGGCAUGCAAUAUAAAAAAGACAAGAAAGUGACUGAAGACACAAAAUUACAUGACCAAACUAGUCUAGAAGUAAACGAGUCUGUAGAAAUCAAUAAACAAGUUACUGAAAUUCAAAGUAUUAAUGAUAAUUCUGACAUUGCUAUAAGCAAACACCAUCUGGUAUCAAAAGUAGCCGACAUUCUGCCAACACCAGAAAGUACUACGGAUUGUCCUGACACGGAUGCUAAACCAGAUAUGGUUGAAACGGACUUUGGGAUCUCUGGUAUUGAAGGCGGAACCAUUUCUGAGGUAGAGAAACAAAAGGAUGUUGUUGAAGAGCAGGAGUCAUCUCUGAGUGUGGAGGAGUCAACCCGCGUCCAUGAUAAGGUUCUUGGUGAAGAAGAAACACCUGUCGAGCAAUCAAAUGAACAUUUGAAAGCUCCUGGUGAAAAACAAACCAUAGAAGUAGAAAAACCGAUGGAACCAUCGGAAUUAACUGAUGAUAAAGAGAGUGUUAGCCCAAAGAAAGCAACUGUAGCAGAAGCCGAGACGGUUGUUGGCCAGCCAACUACUGCAGAGUCAGUGGAAGAAAAUCUAGCAGUGACUGCAGUUUCACAUGUAGAAACAUCUGAAGACUUGAAAGCCACGUUCGAACUGACAGCAGAAGAAACAACAAAAGCAAAUGUGGAGCUGGGAGAAUCUUGUGUGGAACUUCAACAUGGACUGGAGCAAUACUCUGAUGGGAAUAAUUCUGCUCCAGUGGUUUUGGUAGCAGGCGAGGACAAACAUGCUAAUACAAGCCCACAAGUAGCUUUGACAUCUGAAGACAUUAAGGCUCAAACAUUGGGUCCUGUUAUGCCCCUACCACAGCAAGCACUCAGACCUGGUAUAAGCAGAGUACCUGUACCACCAGGACAACAAAUGCCUUCACCACGUAUGGGGGGACCAAGAACGCCUGGGCCCAGACACCCAGGACCUCAGAAGCCCUGUGAGCCAACUUCUUUUUCUGGCUUCAUGUCCAUGUUCUCCAACACCUCCAGUGCACCAGGUAAACCAACAGCUGUUGGGGGAUUUUUCUCAAGCUCGCCUGGUUCACUGUUUGGAUCAUCUGCUCCUCGGCAACCCCAAAAACCACAACAACAACAGAAGACCUCUUUUUUUGGCCUACCAAGUAGCAUCGCUACUGAAUCCCUCACAGGUGAUCUUUUAGGCAUAUUCAAGGGUCCGGAGACAACUAAAUCAGAGGAACCCCUCCCCUCCGUCAUCAAUUCUGAACCAGGACGGUGUCCAAAUGCAGAAUCGGUCCCUGAGAAAAUUGAUGGACAUGUGAAAAUUGCAGAAGACACAGUUGCUGAAAAAGGUUUGGUGGAGGUGGAGGUUGCAGAACAAACUGAUAAAGAAGAUGAAAAAGAAAGUUCUACCAUCGAACCAGAAAUAGAAACAGUUUUAGCCGAGAAAAAUGUUCAACACCAUGAACCUGGAGAACAUUCUGAAGAGUCCACUGGGUCUGACAAAGCAGUAUCACUUGCACCUCCUCCUGAGAGCCAAGACCAUGUCCCUCAAAGCAAAGGCCCGUUUGACAUCCCAGGAAUGUCUGCCCCCAAAUUUGGCUUUCUGUCUGCAGCUGCUGAAGGAACCUCAUCGAUUGGAACACUCUUCUCCUCGUCAUCUCCAACAAGAGAUGCCAAAACAGCUCAGUUUCCACAGACUGAGGGGGGUCUUUUCUCUGGCUUUAAAAGUCUCUCCGCAGGAAUCUUCCAGGACGAAAAUCAGUCGGCAAAGGAAGAACCGUCGUCUAGGCCAUCAGUUUUUGGCAUAAAACUGGGCUCAAUGUUCGGGACCUCUGAUCCUCCCAAACCUGCAGUGGUGACAACCCAACCACAGCCCCAGCGUCCAAAACACACAGACGAGAUUCUUAAAGCAGAGCCUGACAAAGUCUCCCAAGACUCUGGCGACACUGAGAGCGCAGAUGCCAGCGAGACUGAAGGGCCGAGUGGGACAUCAAAAGCGGGAAGUUUUGACAGCUUGGGGAACUUUCCUCAGACGGGGAUUGCGUCCGAGUCGGCGCCGCUGUCAGAAAAUUUGGAUAGACCUGAGUUACAGAUCAGCUGUGAGAAGGACGCGGGUGAAGCUGCAGCACAUGACCGAAUGACUACACAGCGGAGCAGCCCCCGGCCUGCCAGGAGCCUCUCGACACAGGAAGACGCUAAAAGCCACGUGGACUCAUCAGGUCAUCUCAGUCCCAGCAACUCCCAGCUCAGUUCUGAGUCCGAGGAGCGCCGUGACCCCGAGCCGGGCCCCCCCGGGGGACGGCGCCUGCCCCUGCACAGCCACCCAUCCACCUGGGACGAGGAAGACGAGGGGCUGGAGGAGCGUCCGCCUUCCAGACCGGCCUCGGAUCCGAAAGAUGCACCGGUGGUCCCGCCCACACAGACCUUUGAGGAGAGGAAGAGUGACUUCUGCUGUUCUCCCUCCAGACUCCGCUGGCUCAAAGCCUACAACAGAGUCCGAGGCAAGCUGGUCCAGGAGAGCCGAGACCAGGAUGCCGACCAAGACCAAGAUGCUGACCCCAGCAAGCAGCCAUGGGCCAGAUCAGGAGGAAACACAGCAUUCGGCAUCGACAGCACGCCCAACCUCCACAGGAGGAGGCCCAUCCCCCUGAUUAGUGAGCUGCAGACCAUGAUCCAGUCCAGGAAGUCCCACAGCUGGUCCACGUGGACGUCUCUGAAGGACGAGGACCUUAAGAGUCACACGUACAAGAAGACGCUGCAGGCGCUCAUCUACCCCAUUUCCUGCACCACCCCCCACCUUCUGGAGGUGUGGACGGCCACCACGCCCACCUACUGCUACGAGUGCCAGGGGCUGCUGUGGGGCAUCGCCCGGCAGGGCCUGCGCUGCAUUGAGUGCGGGGUCAAAGUUCACGAGAAGUGCCAGGAGCUGCUCAACGCCGACUGCCUGCAGAGGGCAGCCCAGAAGAGCUCUGUGGAGGAGCGCACGCAGCACGUCAUCACGGCCAUGAAGGACAGGAUGAAGAUACGGGAGAGGAACAAGCCGGAGAUCUUUGAGGAGAUCCGCCGGGUCUUCAAGGUCAGCAGGACGCUGCACGCGCAGAACAUGAAGAACAUCAAGCAGAACGUUCUGGACGGAACCUCCAAGUGGUCAGCCCGCAUCGCCAUCACCGUGGUGAGUGCCCAGGGUUUGCAGGCCAAGGACAGGACAGGAUCCAGUGACCCCUACGUCACCAUACAAGUGGGCAAGACCAAGAAGCGGACCAAGACCAUCUUUGGGAACUUGAAUCCAGUUUGGGAGGAGAAGUUCACCUUCGAGUGCCACAACUCGUGGGAGCGAGUCAAGCUGCGUGUCUGGGACGAGGACGAUGACAUCAGGUCUCGGGUCAAGCAGCGCCUCAAGAGAGAGUCUGAUGACUUCCUGGGUCAGAGCAUCAUCGAGGUCCGAACUCUGAGUGGCGAGAUGGACGUCUGGUACAACCUGGAGAAGAGAACCGAUAAGUCGGCCGUCUCCGGCGCCAUUCGCCUCCAGAUCAGCGUGGAGAUCGAAGGGGAGGAGAAGGGGGCGCCGUACCACCUGCAGUACACCUGUCUCCACGAGAACAUGUUCCACCACGUGACGGAGGUGGAGGGCGGAGUCAAAAUCCCCAUGGCGCGCGGUGAGGAGGCCUGGAAGAUUUACUUUGACGAGCUGCAGCAGGACGUGGUCGACGAGUUCGCCAUGCGCUAUGGCGUGGAGUUCAUCUACCAGGCCAUGACACAUUUCUCCUGCCUGUGGUCCAAGUACACCAUGUCAGGCGUGCCGGCGGUCAUGAGCACCUUGUUGGCCAACAUCAACGCCUUCUACGCACACCCCAGCACCACCACCGCCGUCUCUGCCCAGGCCAGGUUCGCCGCCUCCAACUUCGGGAGAGAUCGCUUUGUCAAGAUUUUGGAUCAGCUACACAACUCUCUUCGUAUCGACCUGUCCAUGUACCGAAACAACUUUCCAGCUAGCAACAAGUCCCGCCUCAGUGAUCUGAAGUCCACAGUGGACCUUCUGACCAGCAUCACCUUCUUCAGGAUGAAGGUGUUGGAGCUGCAGAGUCCGCCCAGGGCGUCCACGGUGGUGCGAGACUGCGUGAAGGCCUGCCUGAACUCCACCUAUGAGUACAUCUUCAACAACUGUCUGGAGCUCUUCAACAGGCAGUUUCAGCCUGAGCCAAAAAAGAAGGAAAAGGGAGAAGUGGAUGAGGAAGAGGAGGAGGGAGAAGAGGAGAAGGAGGAAGAGAAGAAGGAUGAGGAGAGCCCGCCAGAAGAACAAGGCCCCAGCAUCCAGAACCUGGACUUCUGGCCCAAACUCAUCACGCUCAUUGUGUCCAUCAUGGAGGAGGACAAGAGCUCGUACACGCCCGUCAUCAACCAGUUUCCUCAGGAACUAAACGUUGGUAAGGUUAGCGCUGAAGUCAUGUGGACGCUCUUCGCUCAGGACGUCAAAUAUGCCCUGGAGGUUUUGGCUAAAAGUCAACGUGAUCGCAGGAACCAUGUGCCCGGCUCCUACCGCAUCCGCAGGCUAGACUUCCAACCUGAGCACGAGAAACACAGAGUGUGUAAGGCGACCGACUACAUGAACCUUCACUUCAAGAUCAAGCGGCUCUACAACGAGUACAUCGCUCAGCUGCCCGCCUUCAGUGGCGCCGUUCCUGAGUACCCGGCAUGGUUUCUGCCGUUUGUGCUGAGCUGGCUGAAGGAGAACGAAGAUGUUUCCAUGGACUUCAUGCAUGCUGCACUGGAAAGAGACAAGAGAGAAGGAUUCCAGUCCACAUCAGAGCACGCUCUCUUCUCCAGCUCGGUGGUGGACAUCUUCACGCAGCUCAACCAGAGCUUUGACAUCAUCCGCAAGCUGGACUGUCCCGAUGGUGCCGUGCUAGCUCAGUACCACCGCCGCUUCGCCAAGACCAUCAGCAGAGUCCUGCUGCAGUACUGCUCCCUGCUGGCCAAGACCUUCCCUGCAUACUGUGCCAAGGAGAAGAUACCGUGUGUGCUGAUGAAUAACAUCCAGCAGAUGAGGGUGCAGCUGGAAAGGAUGUUUGAGUCCAUGGGAGCCAAGCAGUUUACAGCAGAGGAAGAAAGGCUGGAGGAGGAGGAAUCUGAUGAGGAGAAGGAGUCUGAUGGGGAGGUGGAGUCGUGCUGCACCGACUCAGCAGGCUCAGAGGUGGACAACAAAGAGAAGGAGGAAGAGGCUGAGAAAAAAGACAAAGAAAAAAAGGUGGAGGUGUGCAGCAAACAGUCUAAAGAGGACAUCAACAAGACUGAAGAGACAGUUGCCACAAAUAAGUUGGACUCAGAGGCUGCUGACAUCCUGAAUGAUCUCCAGGUGAAGCUCAACACCUUCAUGGACAACUUCAGUCAUGUCUUCGCCAAGAGUUUCCAGACAGGUGUGACAGUGUGCAUGCGUGACAUGGCAGACAUCUUGUGUCACAUGAAAGGACCUCCUGACAGCAACACAGCACAAGCAGAUGCUGACCUCAUGCUGAGACCUCUGAUGGACUUCCUGGACUCCAACCUGGGUGUGUUUGCUGAGGUGUGUGAGAAGACAGUGCUGAAGAGGAUCCUGAAGGACUUGUGGAAGGUUGUCAUCAUCAGCUUGGAGAAGACAAUUGUGUUACCAUGCAGCAACGACAGUCUGGGUGCUCAGAUUCUCACGGCCGCCAAAGGACUUUCUAACCUGAAGAGCGGAAGUGAAACCAAAACACUGACGCCCAAGCAAUGUGUCAUCAUAGACGCCAGCUUGGAGAGCAUCAAGCAAUAUUUCCAUGCUGGAGGAAACGGUCUGAAGAGAAGUUUCGUGGAUAAAAGUGCUGAGUUAGAGUCUCUGCACUACAUCUUGUCACUUUACUCCCAGACCACUGACAUUCUCAUCAGGACUUUCGUCAGCACGCAGCGCUCACAAGUGCACGGCGGGAUGGGCAUCAGGAUCACAGCCAAUGAGAAGACUCGACCCGAUAGAGGUAGCGGUGUGGAGAAGCCCAUAGGAGAGUUGCUACUGCAGGUAGAAACCACCAAGGAGCAUAAAGUCAACGUGAAAGUCGUUGCCGUCAACGACAUGAAGUGGCAAACAUCUGGAAUGUUCCGGCCUUUUGUGGAAGUUUCCCUGGUGGGACCUUUCUUGGCGGACAAGAAGCGCAAGUUUACCACCAAGUCCAAAAACAACAGCUGGAGCCCCAAGUUCAACGAAACCUUCCAGUUUGUCCUGGGCAAGGAGUCGUCAGACUGCUACGAGCUGCACGCCGCCGUCAAGGACUACUGCUUCGGCCGGGCGGACCGCGUGGUGGGCGUGGCCGUGCUGCAGCUGCGCCACGUGGCCGAGCGCAAGAGCUGCGUGUGCUGGUGUCCUUUGGGGCCCCGCGUGCACACAGACCAGACCGGCACCACCGUCAUGCGCAUCCUGGCCCAGCGGCCUGCUGACGAGCUCGCCAAGGAGCUUGUCCGCAUGAAGGCGGAGUCUCGGCCGGCCGAGGAGGGGACGUGAGCCACGCCCACUCCUUCAAUAUGCAAAUGAGUCGUAAUCAUCAACUCUCUUUUGAUGUCCUCCUCAUUCUUGGACGUCAAGCAUGUUAGCAUUUUAGCUAACAGGAAGUACUUGGUUAGACAGGAAGUACUUCAGAUAACAGGAAGUAAUUGAUCUAACAGGAAGUACUUGAUCUGACAGGAAGUACUUGAGUUGACAGGAAGUACUUGAGGGGACAGGAAGUACUUGAGCUGACAGGAAAUACUUUAUCUAACAGGAAGUACUAGCUCUGACAGAAAGUGCUUGAUAUGACAGGAAGUACUUGCUCUAAUUGGAAGCAAUUAAGCUGACAGGAAGUACCGUAUUUCCUUGAAUCGACGCCGCAGCGUUAAUUAAUUUAAAACCUCUUCUCACUCCGGUGCUUACCAAAGGCAUGCGGUAAAGGCAAGCAUGCGCUAAUUGUUUUAAAACCUCUUCUCACUCCGGCGUUACCAAAGGCAUGCUGUAAAUUUAGGCCUGCGGUUAAAAAUUUGAGUGUGAUGUAAGGAUACCAUCAUGAAAAGCACAUUUAAUUAAAAAAAACUUUACUAUGGUCUUACCUUUACUCAUAAAUGAAGUCCAUGCGCAGCUCCUUCUGAUCAAAAUCAUCAAUAACUUGUUUAUAGAAGUCUGCGUUAUCUUUCUUUCGUUUUAAAAGUCUCUCUGUCUCGAUGGAGAUCUUUCUUUAUCACCUCCUGCUUCGAUUGAAAGUCCAGUUUUGAAAACUGUUUUAUUUUAGAUACGUAAUCCUCCAUGUUAAAAGUGCAAGCAAGAGGAAAAAAUAAACUGCUCACUCUUGCUGCUUGUUGUCACUUCUUCUGCAGCCGAGUAGUCACAAGAAGGAUUACUAGUGCCCUCUACCACCAGGAGGCGGGAGUCAUUUAAUGACUCAUAUUUGACACACGCAGCUAUGGUAUAUUAAUAAAACAUAGCUGCCUACUGUUCUUUUUAGCAUAUUCAAUAGCUUUGACCUUAUAUCCUACUGAAUAGCUCUUAAUCUUCUUCCCUUUAUGCGAUUUAAAAUUAUUGAAAUCAGCCUCCUCCCUUUUUUAAAAUGAUGACAGGGGAAGUGUCACUCGUGACAUGACGAGUUUGACCCGGCGGAAAUUCUAGACAUGCGCUAAUAUAAAUGAAAUUUUGUGAAACGAGUUUGACCUGGCGUUAAUCCUGAGCCGGCGGUAAUGCUAAGCAUGCGCUAAUUACUUUGCGAAACGAGUUUGACCCUGCAGUAAUUCUAGGCAGGCGCAUACGAUAUACCCGUGGGCAAUUAUAGGAAAUACAGUACUUCCUGUUAGAUCAAGUACUUCUACACAACAAACGUGACAUCACUCCCUGUCAACAUGUGACAUCAUUUCCUGACAGAAAAUGUGUGCCAUCACUUCCUGUCGACAUGCGACAUAUCACUUCCUGAUCACAUUGGACAUUACUUCCUGUCAACAUGCGACAUCACUUUCUGUCAACAUGUGACAUCACUUCCUGACAAAAAAUGUGUGCCAUCACUUCCUGUCGACAAGCGACAUCACUUCCUGACAACAUUGGACAUUACUUCUUGUCAACAUGCGACAUCACAUCCUGACAUUGGACAUUACUUCCUGUCAUCAUGUGACAUAACUUACUUCCUGUCAACAUGCGACAUCACUUCCUGACAAAAAAUGUGUGCCAUCACUUCCUGUCGACAAGUGACAUCACUUCCUGACAGCAUUGGACAUUACUUCCUGUCAACAUUCGACAUCACUUCCUGUCAACAGGUGACAUCACUUCCUGACAACUUCCUGAUCACUUUCCUGUCAACAGGUGACAUCACUUCCUGACAACUUCCUGAUCACUUUCUUGUCAACAUGUGACAUCGCUUCCUGACAACAAAUGUGUGACAUCACUUCCUGUCGACAUGCGACAUGACUUUCUGUUAACAUGUGACAUUACUUCCUAACAACAAACAUGUGACAUCACUUCCUGUCAUCAAACGUGUGAUAUCACUUCCUGUGCACUUUGUGUGUAGAAGUGUGUUGAGAGAGCCAAAAGUGUGUGAAAGAAAGAAUGUUGUUGCUUGAAAUGCAAUAAAAUUUUGUUUAUUGACAAUGUGCCAAGAAAUGUAGUUGCAAGUGUGGCUUUCAAAAAGUGCACUUUUGCCAAAAGCUUGAAGUACAACGCAUUGUGUUGUUGCUGUUGUUGUGUGUCCAGCAUGUAGCUGACGUGUACAAAGUAGAAUGUGUGUAUUUCUGUCACAUAGAAAUAUUUGGGACAUCAAAUAUUCAUGAAGGACAUCACUUCGUGUGUCAGCUUCAUCCACUUUUUCUAAAACCACCCUUUCACAAUAAAGUGUUUUGUCUCCUUUCUCACA